AUGAGCCUUAUAAAAGAUGGAAAUGUUGGAGGCCAAAAGGAAGCUGUAACUGCUGGUGGAUCGUUGCCAAAAUUGCGUGGCGAUGCGCUCAUCGCUCUUGAGCCUUUUGAAGGUGUCUUUGGUAGCAAGAAAACCCGCAAACGGCCGCGUCUACAGGCAGCUGACUUGACCACGUUGGCUUCUCAGGCGGCUGAACGAGAGGCAGCCUUUGAAAAGUCCGCUGCUUCUUCGGCUGCUGUGGCAGACAGUGGUGGCGAGGGGUGUCCCGUAGAGUCGAUCUACCAGAAGGGAACAAGCCGCAGGAUAUGGGGAGAAUUGUACAAAGUUAUUGAUGCUUCUGAUGUCCUCGUACAAGUUGUGGACGCACGGGACCCGAUGGGAACUCGGUGCACGCGCCUUGAAAGAUAUCUGAAGGCACAGCGCUCGUCGAAGCACCUAGUGCUGGUCAUAAACAAGGUGGAUUUGGUGCCGCCGCGAGUCGCACAACAUUGGUUACGGCAGCUAAGCAAGGAGAUGCCAACGCUGCUCAUGCAGGCUGACAAGAACAAAAAGAACAUCGGCAGGACUCAAUUGUUCCAACUACUGAGGCAGUACGGGCAGUUGCUUUCGGAUAGGAAGCAUGUAUCUAUUGGAUUUUUCGGCUACCCUAACACCCGCGUGUGGCAAUACGUGGCCCUUACCUCGAAACUCUACCUCAUCGACUGUCCGGGCAUUGUUCCAAUCAGCAGCGAUGCAGGCAGUGACACAGAUAAGGUGAUGCGAGGUGUUGUUCGGCCGGAAAGGAUAGCUGCCCCAGAGGAGCACAUCGGAACUGUAUUAGAGAGGGUCAAAAGGGAAGCUGUGAUAACCCGCUAUGGUCUAAAUCAAACCACGACGUGGGAAGAUGCUGAGGAAUUUCUCGCACUUUUGGCAGUUCGGCUUGGAAAACUGAAGAAGGGCGGGGAACCCGAUAUUUCAACUGCCGCCCGCAUCAUGCUGUAUGAUCUCCAACGGGGGAAACUACCGUACUACGUCCUUCCCCCUGGUAUGGCGAAUGAAGCUGCAGACAUAGGAGAACAGGAUAGUCAUGCCCAAUUGAAUGGAGCUUUGGCAUUUCCGGAAGGGACUUCAGUGCUUCUAACUGACGUUGCCUCUAAAUCUAGGGACAAUGAAGAAGAAGAACCCUCUGGCUCUGCGGAAGGCGGGGUGGCUCAGGAGGAAGAAGGCAACGAAACCGUAGGGUCUGCUGCUGCAGUGCGUGCGAAGCCUUCACCAGACGGCAUAUCUAUGCCUAAUAAGCGAGCCAAAACAAUGAGCUCCAUAAGCCCGUGA